UGCUCGAGUCAUAACAAAAAAAACCAUGAAAUACUUCGGACGUGCCCUACAGAGUCGCGGAAGACCGUUAUCGUGUGUGCUCUGACUGUGCUCUCUGAAUUUAUUUUUGGUCAUCUAUUUUUUGCCCUGGUACAACAAAAUUAACAAUGAACGACGAGAAAACAACCAAAAACUCAACAACCAAACAUACACGAUAAUCAAAAUCAAUUAACGCCCGUCAAUAAUUAUCGGAGAAACGCAGCAGCGAGCGACUUAUAGAUAUAAACGAAAAGAAAUCUAAAAAGGCCACAAAAUCAUACAUUUUGCAUAUACACAUACACAUUUAACGAUAAAAGAGAAUUGCAAAAAAAAAAGACAAAGUGACAAAAAGAAAACAAGAACAACAAGCAAAAUUAACGGCGAAUUCUCGGAAUCAGACGCAGCAAAAGCCGCCGCAGCAGCAGCAAAGGCAGCGGAGCACAAGCGAGUCGGCAGCACAGCUCCGCUGCUCCGAAGCAGUCAUCAGAGAGAGGGAGUAGUGUGGUCAGCGCUGGAGAAGGGAAGGAGAGAGUAUUAACAGAGUUGGAGCCGCCACGCCACGCCACCCCCGCGCCCUGCACUGGCCGCUGAAAAAGAGAGCGCAGCAACAAAUAUAAGCACAUUACGACGCGACCUACUAAGAAAAAAGGCUCCUUUUUGAGGUCGAGAAACACUGACGAGAAAGAAUUGAGGAAUAUCUUAAAGUAAACAACCACAACAAACCACAGAAAAACAAAACAAAAACUAAUUAAGGACUAUUAAGAGACUGCUAAAAGGAACAACAACUCUACAGAUAAACAACAACAAAAAAACCCCAGGAGAAGAAAGACUAGAAUUAAUCAUAAUACCAAUAGUUUAACAACAACAACAACAAAAAAACAUAAAACCACGAGAGACAAAAACCCAUACACACACAUCACACUCACACACACCACCACAAAAAAAGUGAUUGAAAACUUAAUUGAAAAUUUAAACAAACAAAAGCAAAGUAUUUUCGGACAAACACACAACCGGAUACCGACUAUUAUUAUUAUAUUGAACGCUUUUGGCCUUAUAUACAAAAGAAAACAGAAAACAAACAAAAUCCAAGCAACAAACAAAGUAUAAGUUCAAGGGGGAGAAAUAGAUGCCUAAGGUUCAAGAUUCAAGAUAUUUAAUAUUCAAGAAACAAGAAACAUUGUCAAUAUGGCCGAUUCACGGGAUAACGUUUCGGGACCAGGCACUAGCCCGGCAAACGGUACCGCCAGUCCGAGCGUCUGUCAAGGCCGGCCUCCUUCAGGGAGUUCUUCUCUAGUGAACGACGGAGCCAGCGAGCCACCGACGAGAAGCGAAGGAGGAAGCCAGCGAGGAGGAGGAGCAGGGGAACGUGGCUCUCCACCGAUCUACGAUAUUGGAGUGGGAUUGGAACACGUGUCUUCAAACGAAGCACAGGAAAAAGAAGUCCAUCCGGAGGUCCUCUACGAAUGCUUGAGCCCAACGACCGGCCUUAUAACCUACAGUAAGCGAGAUCCCGACGACCAGAACGGAGAGAAGGAGUCUACCAAGGCGGCUAAAUCGCUAGAAUAUCUAACGAUACCAAAGCUGCUAGACCUUCGCGUGAAGAAGAAGGCCGGAGGGCACGGAACAGAGAUCUUGCGGGUGCUCGACCUGCGCACCAAGGAGACGAAGCAGCGGGACGCAGAGCGAGCCCUACGCCAUCAGGAGCACUUGCGGGAGCUAGCGCGCUGCCAGCAGUGGCAAAGGCAGCAGGCGCGAGCCCAAGAGCAGCAGUGGCUCUGUAAGGAGAGGCUCAGGAAGAGACAGCAGGACGAGGCCAAGGCCGCGAAACAAUUGGCGACGCUGAGGAAGGACAUUGAGCACCAAAUCAAGGUGCAGAAGGACUCGGAGGCGAAGUGGCUUCGCACAAAGGAGGAAAGGGAUCGAGAAAUAGAGCGGCAAGCGGUGUUGAGAAAGCGAGGGCAGAAAGACCAACUGAAGGAAGACGAGCGGCGGCAGAGACUCGACGUGAUCAGGCAGAUAAAAAAGGAGAGGGAGCUAGAGAAGCGCCAGGAGGAGAAGUUGGAGCUGGAGCUAAAGCGGCAGAGGGAGAGAUUCAUGCAACACCAGAAUCUGCACACUGAAGCCGUCUACAGCCAUCCCCUGUUCGGAGAUCUCUAUCUGCCCGAGUACAACAGCAACAGCAGCACCAGCACCAGCACCACGACGACCUCGUCGACGACAUUCCCACACACAGCAUCCUCCUGUUCGUCGCUGAUGCAAAACGAAAUGGUUAGCAUACCGAUGGCCAAUCUGAAUGGCGGCCUCAAGGCGGCGUCUGGACCGGCCGGUGCCUCGGCCACUGGCGGGGGCGUGCGAUACUUUUCGCAGUUUAGCAAAUCGGCCACCGCCAGCACGACCACGAUGGUGCACCAGCAGCAGCACCAACAGCACCAGCAGCCCCAGCAGCAGCAGCAGCUGCUGCAGCGGAAGGCAACAGCCAAUGGCGAUCUCCACGCGAAUGGCAGAGUGGCGGCUUUCGUUCCCAAUGGGAUGCGCAUCAAAACGGAGCAACAAGAUAUGCUGCUGGAGUCCCUUACUGUGAUCAAACCAGAUGUGAUUACCAAGACGGAGGCCACAGCAGCAGCAGCACAGACACCACCGGCAGUGGCACCGGCAGCAGCAGCAGAGCCAAUAGAAGCUGCUCCUGUCUCAGAUGCACCAUUGGCGCUGCUCAGAAACCAGCAACAGGCAGCAGCAGCAGAGGCAGACGACCCAGAGCUGGACAUUGUGAUCAACAAUGUGGUGUGCUCGUUCAGCGUGCGAUGCCACCUCAAGCUAAGGGACAUUGCGUUGCGCGGCUGCAAUGUGGAGUAUCGCAGGGAGAACGGAAUGGUAACCAUGAAGCUGCGACGUCCCUAUACGACGGCCUCCAUUUGGUCAUCGGGCAGGAUCACCUGCACAGGGGCCACCUCUGAGAUAAUGGCCAAGGUGGCAGCCAGACGGUACGCCCGGUGCCUGGGUAAACUCGGUUUUCCCACACGCUUCCAGAACUUUCGCAUCGUGAAUGUUCUGGGUACCUGCAGCAUGCCCUGGGCCAUUAAGAUUGUCAACUUCUCGGAGAAGCAUCGGGACAACGCCAGCUACGAGCCGGAGUUGCAUCCGGGUGUCACUUACAAGAUGAAAAUGCCAAAGGCCACGCUGAAGAUCUUCUCCACGGGAAGCGUUACAGUGACAGCCGCCAGCGUGAAUGAUGUUGAAUCCGCCAUACAGCAUAUCUAUCCACUGGUCCAUGAGUUCCGCAAGCAGCGAUCGCCUGAGGAGCUGCAGCAUUUAAGGGCUAAGCAGAACAAAAAUGCCGGAAUAACUGGCACCCCCGCCGCCGCCAGUACCGCCAGCACCAUCACCGAUGCCAGCGAAACCCGGGUACUGCAGGAUCAGAUCCUCACGCAGUCGAAGACACAGUCGCGCAGCGAUAUCUUGGUGAAUGCCACCGCUGCCCAUAGCAAGUCAAUACCUGGCAGUGCGGCUGGGGAUCUGGUUAAUGCAGCGGUCUGCAAUGUGCAGCGGCUGAAGCAGAUCGAAUCGUAUCGCCAGCUGUCGAGUCAGACGCAGGAGGAGCGCCGCCAUAUACCCUUCCCCAGGGACAAGUCGGAGGCAGGGCUGUUUCCCCAUUCGAAACCCAGGUCGCCCCCGGGCGACAAUAUCUGUGCCAAUGCCCGCCGCCGGGCCACCGAGUGCUGGGCCACCAAGCUGCAGAACAAGCGGCCGCGCUACAACGAUCCCAAAUUAGUGGCGGCGGGCAAGACAACGACAUCGACAUCGACGAGCUCCAUCGCCUCCUCCACCGCCUCCUCCUCAUCAAAUCCCGCCAUCCAAUCCACCACCACUAUCAGCACCACCAGCGCAUCCGCCACCACCAUUACGGGCCCCAUUCUGCCGCUCUCAUCGCUAACGCCCAUUGGGACGAUCAGUGGCAGCAGGCCAUUUGGCCUGAUGGCCGCACGCACAAUGAUCCCAGCCACGGGGACGAUUAUCAAGAUCAAGCAGAGCUGCAUUAAGCCACUGAAUCGCAAUGCUCUGGCCGCAUUCACCGCUGCCUCCAGUGGUAGCAUCGCUACCGCCGUCAAUGCCACUGCCACAGCCACAGCCAACGUUGCUGGUGGCUCUGCUGCUUCUGCUUCUGCCGUCACCCUAGCGGCGAUCAAGAGGGAGCGGCAGUUGAGCAGCAACUCGGAUUUGGAUAUUGAUAUGGGCUGGCCAUGAUGUGGGAUGAUUGAGUGAUUGACCAGAGACACAGACGGAGAUGAAGAAACGAGAGAGAGACAAAGGGAAAGAGAUAGUGAGAGAGGGAGAGAGGAACAAUAUAUCGUCGUUGCCUAUGCCAAAAUAUAUAGAAAUUAGAGCAAAGCCAAACAAAAUACAACAACACAAAAACGAACAGAAAAACACAGAGACCGAAAGAAAAGAAAAGGAUGGGAUCGUUUCUUUCGGUGUUUCUUGAACUUCAUUUUCGAUUCGAUUCGAUUCAUGUCUUGUGUUGUUCUCUGCAUUUAAACGAAGGAAGGAAACGGAGAACACAAACGCAGAACGAGAAUCGCGACUAAAACAAGAGCCAAAAAUUUAAUACUAAGAUUUAUGUGUAAUUUCAUCCCCCAAUCAACAACACACAAUCCCACAAGAAAAACAGAGAUCAGAGAAUGGUAUUGCACGUACCAUGCGCAACCCACAAGUAAAAUCAUCCUAGAUAUAGAAUUAAAUUUCAAAAAGGCAAUAUACGAUUUAUAUUCUAAUCUAUAUUCUGUAAUACGUAGAGACAUUCAGUUACGUAGACCCCCACCCCCCCAACCAUAUGGCUGGGUUUUUUUUUUUUUUUUUUUAUUUAGUUAUAUUUGAACAAACCACCGCCUAAUGAAAGAAAAUACUGUAAAAUGAAUCAGAUAAAUCGUAUAUAGCCAGAAAGAGAGAGAGAGAGAAACGGAGACGUAGAGUGAGUGGAAGAAGGAAAACAUUCAGUCAGUCACACACCCCCCCCCCCCCCCCCCCCAGCCUUAAAAA